AUGGACGGGGAAUUCUCGUUGGAAAGUUACCUUGAUCAGUGCACAAGCCAGGAUGACUUCCCAUCAACCAGCCUGCAAAGGUACACUCCCAUGAGUCCCUUUGGGACGGAUUUGCCAAUUUCCUCAACUCCAGAUGCAUCAUUUAGUUCUCAGCUUGACCAAACAAAAGAUUUCUCUUCGGUAGACCUCAGCUUCCUGCCGGAUGACUUUUGCCAGGAUGACAAAGAUGGCGGCAGCGUGCUGGGAGGUCAGCUUGGCUCUCAGCUGGGAACGCAAGACAGCGGAGUGUUCUUUGAUGACGGAGACCUGUCCCAACAAAGGGAUGAAAAUGCAACUGAGCCGUUGCCUGAGUCAUCUGGGGCUCGUCCCCCCAUGACCCCGAUGACUCCUAUGACCCCGAUAACCCCCUCUUCAGAAGGUUCUGGCAUCGUUCCACAGUUACAGAACAUAGUGGCCACUGUAAACCUGGCUUGCAAACUGGACCUCAAGAAUAUUGCUCUUCAUGCCAGAAAUGCAGAAUACAAUCCAAAGAGGUUUGCUGCUGUCAUCAUGAGAAUCAGAGAGCCAAGAACGACAGCCCUUAUAUUUAGUUCCGGCAAAAUGGUCUGCACGGGAGCAAAAAGUGAAGAACAGUCACGCCUGGCAGCCAGGAAGUAUGCGCGUGUGGUGCAGAAACUCGGGUUCCCUGCGAAAUUCCUGGACUUCAAAAUACAGAACAUGGUGGGCAGUUGUGAUGUGAGGUUUCCCAUCCGGCUGGAAGGUUUGGUCCUAACGCAUCAGCAGUUCAGCAGCUAUGAACCGGAACUGUUUCCUGGCCUUAUUUAUAGAAUGGUCAAACCGAGGAUCGUAUUGCUUAUUUUUGUGUCUGGAAAAGUUGUAUUAACUGGUGCCAAAGACCGUUCUGAAAUAUAUGAAGCGUUUGAAAACAUCUAUCCAAUCUUGAAGGGUUUCAAGAAAGCUUCUUAA